AUGGCCGAGCAGCCCUUCUCAGCCGUAGUAACGGCCAUAGCCUUCUUCAAACACUACUUUUUCAUUCUCUCCUUAGGGCUCUUUAUCCUGAGCUAUGUACAUGGUCGAUUUCGUCCAGGCCUUUCACGCAUCCCUGGACCGCCUCUUGCAAGGUGGACGAAGCUCUGGCGUUUUUACGACGUUUACAAAGGUCAAUCUCACUAUACGGCCAUUCGACUGCACCUAAAGCAUGGCCCACUCGUACGAGUAGCGCCCAACGUCGUGUCGGUUGGUGACCCCCAAGCUAUCAAGAUAAUAUAUGGAUUGACUGGGGCUUUUCCAAAAUCAGCGUUCUACCCUAUCCAGAGCAUUUCUUGGCAAAAGAAACCGCAGAUGAAUCUCUUCUCUACACGCGACCCCGUUUAUCACCGGGAACAGAAGAAGAAGGUCGCAGGCGCAUUCAGUUUAACAAAUCUUCUGGAAUCAGAGGCUGCUAUCGACUCUUGUACUGAGCUAUUCAUGUCCCGCCUUGAUGAGUGGGCUGUGAGUGGCAAACCGAUCGAUCUUGGCAUGUGGCUCCAGUACUACGCGUUCGACGUCGUGGGGGAGGUCAACUUUGCAAUGAAGCUUGGAUUCUUGACCUUGGGCAGCGAUGUUGAUGGUAUGAUUGCAACGAUCGAGGGCAUCAUCGCGUACUCAGCCAUCUGUGGACAAGUCCCUGAAAUGCACCCGUUCUUGUUGGGCAACCCUAUUUUUCCAUACUUGAUACCUUCUAUGGAGAACUGGAAUGCAGUCUUGAAUUUCACUUUGAAGGCCAUCAACUCACGUACUCCUAUGAAACGAGACGGCGAACUGGAGCUCACUGAUGAAGGAGGAAAGGACCUCUUGUCAAGGUGGGCUGCGGUGAAGAAUAAAGAUCCACUCAAGAUGAGUACUCGAGAUGCUAUCGUGCAUCUUUCGGCCAAUGUGUUCGCGGGCUCGGAUACUACCGCCAUCGCCUUACGAGCAGUCUUCUACUUCCUUAUUAAGAACCCUGACAAGAUGGUAAAUGUAAUCGAGGAAAUCGAUACCGCGGACAAGAACGGAAAACUCAGUGAUAUUAUCUCACACAGAGAGUCUACUUCACACUUGAUAUAUACCAAAGCAGCGAUUAAAGAGGCCAUGCGUCUCCAUCCCUCAAUUGGUCUGAUAAUGGAGCGGCACGUUCCACCUCAAGGGAUCGAGAUAUGCGGGCGUUUUAUUCCCGGUGGCACGAUUGUCGGCAUAAACCCCUGGGUUCUUCAACACGAUCCCAAAGUAUACAAGGAUCCCGAGUCUUUUAUCCCUGAGCGUUGGCUAACUGCCGAUUCCGAGUUGCUCUCCAAGAUGGAGACUAGCUUCUUCACCUUCGGGGCUGGAUCACGUACUUGUGUGGGAAAGCACAUCAGCCUUAUGGAGCUUCACAAGGUUGUGCCACAGUUGUUAAGAAAAUACCACGUUGAGAUGGCAGAUCCGGAGGUUGAUUGGAAGGUUCUAAACCGUUGGUUUGUGCAGCAACGCGACUUUACCUGUCUUUUAAGGAAAAGAGCAAUUGCUUGA